AAAAAAUCUGAACUUGAAGGUGUCAGCAAAAUAGGGGGGAUGGGAACUGUUGAUGGCAGUCAUAUUUUGAAACCGAAAUAUUAUUUUAGGGUGCAAUUUCUUUGUAUUCUUCAAUAAGGCUUCAGAAGGUGGAAGUGACAUCAUCGCUGAUGUCGACCCCCACGGACCCAUCAGGUGCGAUGUCCCACCCUGGCCCUUCCCCCGGUCCGGGCAUGUCUCCAGGGCCCAUCCUGGGCCCCAGCCCUGGCCCCGGCCCCUCUCCUGGCUCUGUGCACAGCAUGAUGGGGCCGAGCCCCGGCCCACCCAGUGUCCCACACAGUAUUCCUGGCCAGGGGCCAGGAGAUUACCCUCCGGAGGGCAUGCAUCAGAUGCACAAGCCCAUGGAGGGUAUGCAUGAGAAAGGCAUUGGGGAGGAGAUGCACUUCAGUCAGAUGAAGGGGAUGGGGAUGAGGUCACUGCACAGUGGAAUGGGCCCUCCUCAGAGCCCCAUGGACCAGCACAGCCAAGGUUACAUGUCCCCUCACCCCUCCCCCAUGGGGGUGCCUGAACACGCCUCCAGCCCCAUGUCCGGGGGGGGGCCCACACCCCCCCAGAUGCCCCCCGCCCAGCCGGGCCCCAUGAUGCCGGUGGACCCCCAGGCCCUGGGGCAGCAGGGGAGGGGCCCCUCAGCCUUCAGCCCCUUGCAGCUGCAGCAGCUGCGGGCCCAGAUCCUGGCCUAUAAGAUCCUGGGGCGGGGCCAGCCUCUGCCCGAAAACCUGCAGCUGGCCGUGCAGGGGAAGAGGAGCCUGCCAACCAUGCAGCAGCCUGUCAACCCCCCCUACAACAGGGCGCCAGGUAUGCCAGUGCAUCCAAUGGGUGGGCCUCCAUCCGGACCAUGCCCUGCCCCUGGGAUGCAAGGACAUGCCCCCAUCCCAGGACCCAAACCCUGGCCUGAAGGACAAAGCGGCGAGGUGGCCAGCGGCCCUCAGAAGCUGGUGGUCCCGGUGCAGAGCGGGAGACCCUCCCCCGUGCCCCCGCAGCCCUCCCCCGCCCCGGCCCCCCUGCCCAGCACCUCCGCCCCCCAGCAGGGCCCAGGACAGCCGUCGCCCAUGUUCCAGCUGCAGCAGAAGCAGAACCGCGUCACGCCUGUGCAGAAGCCCCAGGGGCUGGACCCGGUGGAGAUCCUGCAGGAGAGGGAGUACCGACUCCAGGCUAGGAUCGCCCAUAGAAUCCAGGAGCUGGAGAAUUUGCCUGGUUCCCUACCCCCUGACCUGAGAACUAAAGCUACUGUGGAACUAAAGGCUCUGAGGCUGCUGAACUUUCAGAGACAGCUGAGGCAGGAUGUGGUGGCCUGCAUGCGUAGGGACACCACGCUGGAGACGGCACUCAACUCAAAGGCCUACAAACGCAGCAAGAGGCAGACCCUGCGUGAGGCUCGCAUGACCGAGAAGCUGGAGAAGCAGCAGAAGAUCGAGCAGGAGAGGAAACGCAGGCAGAAGCACCAGGAAUACCUUAACAGUAUUCUUCAACAUGCCAAGGACUUUAAGGAAUACCACCGCUCCAUCACAGGAAAGAUCCAGAAGCUGACGAAAGCCAUCGCCACCUGGCACGCCAACACGGAGCGCGAGCAGAAGAAGGAGACGGAGCGCAUCGAGAAGGAGAGGAUGAGGCGUCUGAUGGCUGAGGAUGAGGAGGGGUACCGUAAACUCAUCGAUCAGAAGAAGGACAAGCGCCUGGCCUACCUGCUGCAGCAGACGGACGAGUACGUGGCCAACCUCACCGACCUGGUCUACGAGCACAAAGCCGCCCAGGCCGCCAAGGAGAAGAAGAAGAAAAAGAAGAAGAAGAAGAAGGUGGAUGAGAACCCUGAUGAGAUGGGUGCCAUUGGACCUGAUGGGGAGCCCAUGGACGAGAGCAGUCAGAUGAGCGAGCUCCCAGUGAAGGUGAUCCAGACAGAGACCGGGAAGGUGCUGCAGGGCAUGGACGCGCCCAAAUCCAGCCAACUGGAGGCCUGGCUAGAGAUGAACCCUGGAUAUGAAGUUGCCCCGCGGUCAGACAGUGAAGAAAGCGGCUCGGAGUUUGAGGAAGAGGACGAAGAUGAAGUGGUUUCCCGCGCAGAGUCGGAGGAGAAGAAGAUCGUCGAUCCCAACACUGAGGAUGGGACGGACACCAAACACAUCAUCGAGUCAGCCAAACAGGACGUGGAUGACGAGUACGCCGCUCCGGCAGGGGAGCUGGGCUCACAGUCGUACUACGGGGUGGCCCACGCUGUCACGGAGCGGGUGGAUAAGCAGUCCACGCUGCUGGUCAACGGCAUGCUGAAGCACUACCAGGUUCAGGGCCUGGAGUGGAUGGUGUCUCUGUACAACAACAACCUGAACGGGAUCCUGGCAGACGAGAUGGGUCUGGGGAAGACCAUCCAGACCAUCGCUCUCAUCACCUACCUGAUGGAGCACAAGAGGCUGAACGGACCCUUCCUCAUCAUCGUCCCUCUCUCGACUCUGUCCAACUGGGUGUACGAGCUGGAUAAGUGGUCUCCAACUGUGGUAAAAAUCGCCUACAAGGGAACACCGGUGCUGCGAAGGUCGCUGCUGUCACAGCUCCGGAGCGGGAAGUUCAACGUCCUCCUGACCACCUAUGAGUACAUCAUCAAGGACAAGCACAUCCUCGCCAAGAUCCGCUGGAAGUACAUGAUUGUGGACGAGGGCCACCGGAUGAAGAACCACCACUGCAAGCUGACGCAGGUGCUGAACACGCACUACGUGGCUCCACGGCGCCUCCUGCUGACGGGAACCCCGCUGCAGAACAAGCUGCCCGAGCUCUGGGCCCUGCUCAACUUCCUGCUGCCCACCAUCUUCAAGAGCUGCAGCACCUUCGAGCAGUGGUUCAACGCCCCCUUCGCCAUGACCGGAGAGAGGGUGGACCUGAACGAGGAGGAGACCAUCCUGAUCAUCCGCCGUCUGCACAAGGUGCUCCGCCCCUUCCUGCUCCGCAGGCUGAAGAAGGAAGUGGAGUCCCAGCUUCCGGAGAAGGUGGAAUACGUCAUCAAGUGCGACAUGUCCGCCAUCCAGAAGGUUCUGUACCGGCACAUGCAGGGCAAGGGCAUCCUUCUGACCGACGGCUCGGAGAAGGACAAGAAGGGAAAAGGCGGUGCGAAGACCCUGAUGAACACCAUCAUGCAGCUGAAGAAAAUCUGCAAUCACCCGUACAUGUUCCAGCACAUCGAGGAGUCAUUUGCCGAGCACUUGGGGUAUCCAAACGGCAUCAUCAAUGGACCGGAUCUGUACCGCGCCUCGGGCAAGUUUGAGCUGCUGGACCGCAUCCUGCCCAAGCUGCACGCCACCAAUCACAGAGUGCUGCUCUUCUGCCAGAUGACCACGCUCAUGACCAUCAUGGAGGAUUACUUUGCCUACCGCAACUUCCUAUACCUGCGUCUGGACGGGACGACCAAGUCUGAGGACCGCGCGAUGCUGCUGAAGAAGUUCAACGAGAAGGGCUCCUCGUUCUUCAUCUUCCUCCUGAGCACCCGCGCGGGGGGCCUGGGCCUCAACCUGCAGGCCGCCGACACCGUGGUCAUCUUCGACAGCGACUGGAACCCCCACCAGGACCUGCAGGCCCAGGACAGGGCUCACCGCAUCGGGCAGAAGAACGAGGUGCGUGUCCUGCGCCUCUGCACCGUCAACAGCGUGGAGGAGAAGAUCCUGGCCGCCGCCAAGUACAAGCUGAACGUGGACCAGAAGGUGAUCCAGGCCGGCAUGUUCGACCAGAAGUCCUCCAGCCACGAGCGUCGGGCCUUCCUGCAGGCCGUCCUGGAGCACGAGGAGCAGAACGAGGAAGAAGACGAGGUCCCUGAUGACGAAACUCUCAAUCAGAUGAUCGCCCGUAACGAGGACGAGUUUGAGCUUUUCAUGCGCAUGGACCUGGACCGGCGGCGGGAGGAUGCGCGGAACCCGAAGCGGCGGCCGCGGCUGAUGGAGGAGGACGAGCUGCCCUCCUGGAUCAUCAAGGACGACGCCGAGGUGGAGCGCCUCACCUGCGAGGAAGAGGAGGAGAAGAUCUUCGGCCGUGGCUCCCGCCACCGCCGCGACGUGGACUACAGCGACGCCCUGACCGAGAAGCAGUGGCUGCGGGCUAUCGAGGACGGCAAUCUGGAGGAGAUGGAGGAGGAGAUCCGGCUGAAGAAGCGGAAGAGGCGGAGACACGUGGACAAGGACUCCGGGAAGGAGGACGGAGAGAAGGCCAAAAAGCGCCGGGGCCGACCCCCGGCCGAGAAACUCUCGCCCAACCCCCCGAAGCUCACCAAGCAGAUGAACGCCAUCAUCGAUACCGUCAUCAAUUACAGGGACGGGUCCAGCCGUCAGCUCAGCGAGGUCUUCGUCCAGCUGCCCUCCCGGAAGGAGCUGCCCGAGUACUAUGAGCUCAUCAGGAAGCCUGUGGACUUCAAGAAGAUCAAGGAACGUGUCCGUAGCCACAAGUACAGGAGCGUGGGCGACCUGGAGAAGGACGUCAUGCUGCUCUGUCACAACGCCCAGACCUUCAACCUGGAGGGCUCCCAGAUCUACGAGGACUCCAUAGUGUUGCAGUCGGUGUUUAAGAGCGCGCGACAGAAGAUCGCUAAGGAGGAGGAGAGCGAUGACGACAGCGCUGAUGAUGAUGAGGAGGAGGAAGAGUCAGAGUCCGAAUCGAAAUCGGUGAAGGUGAAAAUCAAGCUUGGGAAGAAAGACGAGAGGAGUCAUGACAAAGGAAAGAAACGGCAGAGCCGGGCCAAGGCCAAGCCCGUCGUCAGUGACGACGACAGUGACGACGACCAGGACGAUAAUUUCCUGGGGAGAAAGAUCAGUCCGAUGCAAGCGGGAGUGAUGAAGAGUGACGAAGAGGAGAGCUGAUGCACAACACUUUCUCUUUUUUAACAAAAGCUUUUAUCGAUUGAUUUUCUUUUAUUUUGAUGAAAUGUGUCUCUUUCCGGAAUCCCACCCCAUUCCCCUGCCCCCUCAACUUUCAUCCAAUCAGAAGACGGUAGCCCAUAAUCCUCCGGUACAUGUUGUUAUGCAGUGAGACGCAGUGUAACGGUGAAAGAUGGACUGGCUCUGCUCAGCGAGUAGUUCAUCCUGCAGGUGCUACCAUCCCUUUACACCGCUUGUACAUAUAACUUUUAUGCAAAAAGAGAAAAUUACAAUCAAAAAAGAUCGACAUUACAAAAAAGAUUGGAUUAAAACAAAUACAUUAAAAAAAUGCUGAUUAGCAAUUUGCUAUUUAAGGUAAGCAUUAUAUAUAUGUUUUUAACAGUGUUUAUAUAUGCUAGCUCUAUAGUGAAGGUUCAUCUGAGAGUAAUCUGCACCAGUGCCAUGGUUCAGCUUGUACAACAUAAAUUAAACAGAGAGGUUUGACUCCGCCAUGCAGGGACAUAUCCAUAUCCAUGCCUCCAGUUUCUCGCUCCCGGCCUCUUGUAGCUGAGGUUGGGGAGAGAUGGUGGAGAUAAGUGUUAUUUAGCGGGCGCAGGUUCCACUGAGGACAAGCCCUCCCGCGCACUGUAAACUCACAAACUCAAAACGGCACAGGCCGAAAUCGCCGCUUCCUAACGCAUAACAAAUGUCCUUUUCCUUUUUCCUUUCUCUUACGGAAUUGGCGGUUUUAUCAAAUUGGCGAUUUUAUCGAAUUGGCGGUCAUAUCAAAUUGGCGGUUCUCCGUGUUCCUCAACGUAUUAACAGCCUUGCAGCUAUGGAUAUUUUUAUACUCUCGGUUUAAUGAUAAUAUUUUUGUUGAAUGUUUUGAAAACGAUACGUUUUUUUGCCUUCUACGUCGUGUACUCGCUUAUUUGCUCUGGAACCAAGUAAAAGGCUUUCUCUUCAUCUGUCGGUAAGCACUCUUAACUCCCGGCGCAGUGACUGUACUCCUCUGUGACACAUACUGUUUAUGGUGCGGCCCAAUUUGACCCUCCUCCUCAGACAUGUCUUUUUUGAUGUGUGGUCAGUGCUAGCCCCCCGUCUUUCCCCAAAGUGUAACUUCAUCUUUGCUUUCUUUGCACAAUGUCUUUGUGGUUGUAACUCAUAGCCCGAGGCAAAUAAACUUCACUGAUUUUGAUUACC